CUGGAAGGCAAUUGAGGCGCUCAUUUCAGAAGAGUUACAGCCGCAGAAAGUGCCCAACACUGCAGUUGGCUGAGAAGAGAAAAAAGGUCAGAAUGAGAGCGCGGGCUGUCCUGGCUGUCACGCUGAUUAUGGCCUGCACAGAAGCCUUCUUCCCUUUCAUCUCAAGAGGCAAAGAACUCCUUUGGGGAAAGCCUGAGGAGUCUCGUGUCGCCGGCGUCUUGGAGGAAAGCAAGCGGCUGGUGGACACUGCCAUGUACGCCACGAUGCAGAGAAACCUCAAAAAAAGAGAAAUCCUUUCCCCACAUCAGCUUCUGUCUUUUUCCAAACUUCCCGAGCCAACUAGCGGAGAGAUUGCCCGAGCAGCAGAGAUAAUGGAAACAUCAAUACAAGCGAUGAAAAGAAAAGUCAACCUGAAAAUUCAACAAUCACAGCAUCCAACCGAUGCUUUAUCAGAAGAUCUGCUGAGCAUCAUUGCAAACAUGUCCGGAUGUCUCCCUUACAUGCUGCCCCCAAAAUGCCCAAACACGUGCCUGGCGAACAAAUACAGGCUCAUCACAGGAGCUUGCAACAACAGAGACCACCCCAGAUGGGGCGCCUCCAACACAGCCCUGGCACGAUGGCUCCCUCCAGUCUACGAGGACGGCUUCAGUCAGCCCCGAGGCUGGAACCCUGGCUUCUUGCACAACGGGUUCCCACUGCCCCCGGUCCGGGAGGUGACACGACAUGUCAUUCAAGUUUCAAAUGAGGUUGUCACAGAUGAUGACCGCUAUUCUGACCUCCUGAUGGCAUGGGGACAAUACAUCGACCAUGACAUCGCGUUCACACCGCAGAGCACCAGCAAAGCUGCCUUCGGGGGAGGGGCUGACUGCCAGGUGACUUGUGAGAACCAAAACCCAUGUUUUCCCAUACAACUCCCGGAGGAGGCCGGCCGGCCGCGGGCACCGCCUGUCUGCCCUUCUUACCGCUUCUUCGGCGCCUGUUGGCACCGGAGCCAAGGCGCGCUCUUCGGGAACCGUCCACCGCCAACCGCGCGGCAGCAGAUGAACGGGCUGACCUUCCUGGACGCGUCACCGUGUACGGCAGCUCCGCGCGGCCUGAGAGGCAGGCUGCGGAACUGGACCCAGCGCCGAGGGGCCUCUCCGCGCCACGCGCGCCUCUGGGACUCCCGGCCGCGCCUACCUCCCUUCGCGCCGCUCGCGCGCCCGCGGCCCUGUGCGCCUGAGCCCGCUCCCGGAGAGACCCGCGGGCCCUGCUUCCUGGCCGGGGACGCCGCGCCAGCGAGGUCCCCUCCCUGACGCGCGCUGCACAGCGUGUGGCUGCGCGAGCACAAACCGCCUGGCCGCGGCGCGUCAAGGCCCUCAACCGGCGCACUGAGCGCGGACGCCGUGUACCAGGAGGCGCGCAAGGUCGUGGGCGCCCUGCACCAGAUCAUCACCCUGAGGGAUUACGUCCCCAGGAUCCUGGGACCCGAGGCCUUCCAGCAGUACGUGGGCCCCUAUGAAGGCUAUGACUCCACCGCCAACCCCACUGUGUCCAACGUGUUCUCCACGGCCGCCUUCCGCUUCGGCCACGCCACGAUCCACCCGCUGGUGAGGAGGCUGGACGCUGGCUUCCAGGAGCACCCUGACCUGCCCGGGCUGUGGCUGCACGAGGCCUUCUUCAGCCCAUGGACGGUCCUCCACGGAGGUGGUUUGGACCCACUAAUACGAGGCCUUCUUGCAAGACCAGCCAAACUGCAGGUGCAGGAUCAGCUGAUGAACGAGGAACUGACAGAAAGGCUCUUUGUGCUGUCCAAUUCCAGCACCUUGGAUCUGGCGUCCAUCAACCUGCAGAGGGGCCGGGACCAUGGGCUGCCAGGUUACAAUGAGUGGAGGGAGUUCUGUGGCCUGCCUCGCCUGGAGACCCCCGCUGACCUGAGCACAGCCAUCGCCAGCAGGAGCGUGGCCGACAAGAUCCUGGACUUGUACAAGCAUCCUGACAACAUCGACGUCUGGCUGGGAGGCUUAGCUGAAAACUUCCUCCCCAGGGCUCGGACAGGCCCCCUGUUUGCCUGUCUCAUUGGGAAGCAGAUGAAGGCUCUGCGGGACGGAGACUGGUUUUGGUGGGAGAACAGCCACGUCUUCACGGACACGCAGAGGCAUGAGCUGGAGAAGCACUCCCUGUCUCGGGUCAUCUGUGACAACACCGGCCUCACCAGGGUGCCCGUGGACGCCUUCCGAGUCGGAAAAUUCCCCGAAGACUUUGAGUCUUGUGACAGCAUCCCUGGCAUGAACCUGGAGGCCUGGAGGGAGACCUUUCCUCAAGACGACAAGUGUGGCUUCCCAGAGAGCGUGGAGAAUGGGGACUUUGUGCACUGUGAGGAGUCUGGGAGGCGCGUGCUGGUGUAUUCCUGCCGGCACGGGUAUGAGCUCCAAGGCCACGAGCAACUCACUUGCACCCAGGAAGGAUGGGAUUUCCAGCCUCCGCUCUGCAAAGAUGUGAACGAGUGUGCAGACGGUGCCCACCCACCCUGCCACGCCUCUGCGAGGUGCAGAAACACCAAGGGCGGCUUCCAGUGCCUCUGCGCGGACCCCUACGAGUUAGGAGACGAUGGGAGAACCUGCGUAGACUCUGGGAGGCUCCCUCGGGCGACUUGGGUCUCCAUGUCACUGGCUGCUCUGCUGAUUGGAGGCUUGGCCGGUCUCAUCUCGACGGUGAUUUGCAGGUGGACACGCGCUGGCACUAAACCCACACUGCCCAUCUCGGAGACAGGCGGAGGAACUCCCCGGCUGAGAUGCGGGAAGCACCAGGGUGCAGGGACUUCACCGCAGGGCGCCGCAGCUCAGGACUCGGAGCAGGAGAGUGCCGGGAUGGAAGGCCAGGAUACUCACAGGCUGCCGAGAGCCCUCUGAGGGCAAACAGGCAGGACACUGAUCCCACAGAACAGCUUCGUGUUCCCAAAAUCACCGUACAACUGCUUUCCAAACACAGGCAAAUCCAAAAUCACCAGGACGACUGUUUUCCAAACACGUGCAAAUCUAGCACCAUGUUGUAAUUACUCUCAGGCAUGGAUGAAUAAAUAUUGUAACUGCA